UACUGCCGAUAUCUUCGAGUCAAUGUUGAAGUUAACCUUGUUCUUGGCCUAGUUUGUCAGUAACGAUGCAGGGGAGCAAGCUCGAUAUUUCCAAGGGAUGAUACGCGUAUAAUGGAACGAAUUCACGGCGCUAGGUAUUUCUGGACGAAUUUUUUGGCAAAUUGCGUCGUGUCUAGUCUACGUUCGAAGACGCGGUGUCGAUUAAACGGUGAAACGUCCAGCGACGCAAAAAUACAAACACCGUGCGUAAAUAUCCUGUAACGUUAAUUGCAUGACGUAAAGAAGGAUUUUAUGAAUUAUAAAGAGGAGUUGCGAAACAUCACGAGUUCGCGCGAGCGUGGAUUUUCACUGCGUGUGUAAUAUUUCACGCGCUAUGAAUACGAUAACUUGAAUAUCGUCAACCGCGUAUUUUGUGAGGUUAACUCAUAGGCACAUGACAGUUACAGGAUUUUCCCGCCGAUUUUCGAAACGUCACGAUCAUGAUGUUCGCCCGAACAUUGCAUAAUCAUUGAUUUUUCGCCGGACCGAGAUUCAAAUUUGAAUAAUCUUGCAUAAAUGAAAUUUAAGGAAUUUUUUAACAGGAAGAUAAAUUUAAUUUAUUCGUAUCGGAGAAAUAUUCACUGGUAGUGUUCGUUACAAAGAAGUUUCAAACAAUAAAUAUUUAUUUCAUUGGGCUUGGAAUUAUUGGUAUCAUUCAUGCAGUUCUAUGUAGAUAUGAUAGACAAGAACAAGAGUUGCCGUGGGUUAGUAUAUUGGUUCAGGUGAAUAUAUAUUUUGAUACGUAUCAACAUGGCAAUUGGAAAUAUUAUCUGUGGGACAAGCACUCCUAAAAUGAAGAGAAAAAAGGCAAAGGCAACCGAACGCAGUUGGAUAGAGGCGACUUUUCAAAAAAGGGAAUGUUCGAAGUUUAUUCCAAGCGCUAAAGAUGAGCACAGGUUUAUGCAAGUACAGGGAGAUAAGAAUGCAGAGUAUGAUGUGAUCACUACUUCCAGAUGUUGUUGCGGGUAUUCUUAUACUCAUCACUGCGGAACCGGUGCAGACGUACAAAGUUAUACUGCUAGCAAUACCAAAGAAAAGGAUCGAGAGCAAUGGUCACCUGGUAAAAAUACACGGCCGUUUCCAACCGAUGCAUACGGUACGAUUGAAUUUCAAGGCGGGCCUCAUCCAACGAAAGCACAGUACGUGAGACUAGCCCACGAUACAAGGCCAGAGCCAAUAGUACAAUUACUAUGUAGAGAAUGGAAUUUAGGAUUACCGAAAUUGCUGAUCACUGUACACGGUGGUCGUCCAAAUUUUGAUCUUCAGCCUAGUUUGAAAAAAGUUUUGAGAAAAGGUUUAUUGAAGGCUGCGAAAACAACCGGCGCAUGGAUUUUCACAGGUGGAACUAACACAGGCGUUACGAGGCAGGUAGGAGACGCAUUGCUGUUGGAAAGAUCUCAAAGGCAGGGACGCGUUGUGAGUAUAGGCAUAGCGCCAUGGGGGAUUUUAGAUAAAAGCCAUGAACUUGUGAGCCGCGGAGGCGAAGUACCCUAUGAUUGCCUUUCAUCUCCAUGGUCCAAAUAUGCGGUUCUAAAUAAUCGACACGCGUAUUUUUUAUUGGUGGACAAUGGUACUGGCGGUCGUUAUGGCGCGGAGAUCGUGUUGCGCAGGAAAUUAGAGAAAUAUAUCUCCAAUUUGAAAUUACAGCCAUAUACGCACAGCAGUAUACCUGUCGUGGCAUUAGUGAUCGAGGGAGGAACAAACACAAUACGUUCGGUACUGGAGUAUGUUACGGAUGAUCCACCUGUUCCUGUAGUGGUUUGCGAUGGCUCGGGCCGUGCAGCUGAUCUCAUUGCUUUCAUGCACAAAUACGCGUCGGAAGGUGAUGGGGAGAACGGGGAUAACGAGGGACCAUUAGAGAGUAUGAGAGAACAUGUUUUGGAAACUAUAAAGCGCACCUUUAAAGUUUCUACCGAACCAGCGUGCCAAUUGUACUCGGAACUUCUGCAGUGCACGCGUAAGAAACACUUGAUAACAGUAUUUAGGAUAACUCAAGAUCGUCCCCAAGAACUUGACCAAACAAUAUUGACGGCAUUGUUCAAGUCCAAACAAUUGUCACCGGCCGAGCAGUUAUCGUUAUCCUUGAUUUGGAACAGAGUGGACAUAGCACGCAGCGAGAUAUUUGUUUACGGGCAAAAAUGGCCGCCGGGCGCUUUGGAACAAGCCAUGAUGCAAGCAUUGCAACACGAUAGAAUCGAUUUUGUAAAACUGCUACUGGAGAAUGGCGUCUCUAUGCGAAAAUUCUUAUCGAUACCGCGUCUCGAAGAGCUUUAUAAUACCAAAGAAGGCCCUUCGAAUACACUGGGCUAUAUUCUGCGCGACGUGCGACCAAAUAUCCCGCGUGGUUACAUGUACACGUUACACGACAUCGGGCUCGUGAUAAAUAAAUUAAUGGGUGGGGCGUACCGUUCUCAAUACACUCGCAGACGAUUUCGCGUGAUCUAUACCAAAGUGAUGAAAAGAUCGGGGGCUCAUCAACAGCACAUGCAUCGAAACAGCUGUGCAUGGGGCGGCGCCACCCGUUACUAUACAGGAUCCGGUAACAAACAAGAGAGCUCGACGAUAAGUUUGCUCGCUGAAACGUUGCCAGCUAAUCGUGAUACACCUCUUUUCGAUUACCCCUUCAACGAGCUGCUUAUUUGGGCCGUUCUGACGAAGCGCCAGCAAAUGGCGUUGCUGAUGUGGCAGCACGGCGAGGAAGCAUUGGCGAAGUCGCUCGUCGCCCUCAAAUUAUACAAGGCCAUGGCGCACGAGGCCGCCGAGGACGACCUCGAAACGGAAGUGUACGACGAGUUACGAAAUUACGGAAAGGAAUUCGAGAACAUUGCGUUAGAGUUGUUAGAUUACUGCUAUCGCCAGGACGACGAUCAGACGCAGCAGCUUUUAACCUCUGAACUUCAGAACUGGUCCGGACAGACGUGUCUUUCCCUAGCUGUUACAGCCAAUCAUCGUCCACUGUUGGCGCAUACUUGCAGUCAAAUCAUUUUAGCUGAUCUAUGGAUGGGCGGACUUCGGACAAGAAAGAACACAAAUUUGAAGGUUGUACUCGGGCUAGUCUGUCCAUUUUACAUAACACGUUUGGAAUUCAAAAGUCGCGAAGAGUUACAAUUAAUGCCGCAAACCCAAGAGGAGCAUUUGAUUGCUCUCGAGGAUGAAAAGGAGGACAGCGAUUCCGAGCACGGCGCGCCAACCGGUCCUGACGUCGAGAAACGUCAGCGCAGGAGCCUGAGCGUACGCAACAAAUCCAGCAGCCAACAAGGCGCUAAGUUAUCAUCAAGGAAAACUUCUGUUUAUUCAGUAUCGGAAUCCGUACCGGCCUUGAUCAGCAACGAACACACUACAACGGUGGUGAAAGAAACGAUCGUGCAAGAAAAUGGGAAAGUUCUGACGGACAAUGACGAUGGCGUUCAUCGUUCCUAUGGCAUUCACUCCGACUAUUACGAUACUAAGACCAGCCGGCCGUUGCGACUGAAGAAAAAAUUAUAUGAAUUUUAUACGGCCCCUAUCACUAAAUUUUGGGCGAACGCUAUAGCGUACAUUAUCUUUUUGGUACUCUUCUCAUACUGCAUUCUUAUACACAUGGAUGAUCAUCCAUCGCUGGCAGAGAUCUAUGCAAUCACGUAUGUCUGCACAUUGGGAUGCGAGAAAGUACGUGAAAUCGCCACAUCCGAGCCGGCCACUCUUUCGCACAAGUUCAGCGUAUGGACAUGGAACAUGUGGAAUCCUUGCGACACGGGCGCCAUUAUCAUUUUUCAAAUUGGUCUUGGCUUACGUUUGCGACAUUCCACGCUCGACGUUGGUCGUGUCAUCUACUGCGUUGACUGUAUUUAUUGGUAUUUGCGGAUAUUCAAUAUCCUUGGUGUAAAUAAAUACUUUGGUCCAUUGGUUACCAUGAUGGGAAAGAUGGUAAAGAACAUGAUAUACUUUGUAGUGCUCUUGCUAGUCGUAUUGAUGAGCUUUGGUGUAACACGGCAAGCUAUUUUAAACCCGAAUGCUGAGCCUAAAUUAAAAAUCAUUCGAGACAUAUUCAUGGAGCCAUAUUUCAUGCUGUACGGAGAAGUGUACGCAGACAACAUAGACCCUGAUUGCGGAGACGAACCGGGAAUGAUACCAUGUCUUCCAGGCCGUUGGAUCACACCUGCUGUAAUGUCUAUUUAUCUUUUAGUCGCAAACAUUUUGCUGAUAAACCUUCUGAUUGCGGUUUUUAACAAUAUUUUCAAUGAGGUAAACGCGGUGGCGCACCAAGUUUGGAUGUUCCAACGUUUUACUGUCGUUAUGGAGUAUGAACAGAAACCAGUUUUACCUCCCCCGCUCAUUGUAGUUUGUCACAUAUAUCUGCUGGUGAAAUAUUUGCUGCGAUAUGUGACUCAAGGCAAAGCAAGUGCGGGUGAAACGUACGACAACGGGCUUAAGUUGUUCCUAGAGGUCGACGACAUGGAGCGUCUCUACGAUUUUGAAGAAGACUGCGUCGAAGGGUACUUUCGCGAGCAAGAACUGAAGCUGCAGAUGUCGACGGAGGAGAGAGUGAAGGUUACGACGGAAAGGGUCGAGAAUAUGCAUCAGAAGAUAGAAGACAUCGAUAAGAAGGAACACACGCAGAAUGCUUCGCUGCAGGCGGUGGAAUUUCGCAUCCGUAAGCUGGAGGAGUUGAACGAGCAGACAUUGGCUCACCUGGGUGUCAUACAUCGGUUCAUGGCGACGCACAUGCCCAACAUAGAAACGUUAUCCGGCUUCGACGUGGAGGGACGCGUACGCAGAGUGUCGGAACGCUCGGAAGUUCUAUCAGAAACGGAUUCUCACACGCAACUACCGACCAUCGCCCUUAAACGCAAGAGGCUGAUGCGAUCGUUGACCGACGGGACGUUCCUCAACAUGGGUCAGCCGUUGGACGACGACGUGUUGAAACAUUCAGAGGUGGCCACAUCUCGCGAGAAUCUUAGCAGAAACGAAUCAUCGGUAAGCGGAGACGGGCAGAUCGUUCAGGACGACGUGAAGACAACGACGAGCCAGGAAACCGAGGUGAGCAAAGGGGACGGCGAGGGGGAAACUAUAAAGAAGGAAUCGCAGACGGACAGCAGAGAACCGAGCAUGGAUCCCAGCGUGGAUCCAAGCAGAGAACCAAGCAGCAGAGAGUUGAGCACAGACCCCAGUAGACAAACGAGCAGGGAACUGAGCAGAGAGACGAGCAGAGAAGCAACCAGCAGAGAGGCCACCAGCAAAGAACCAAGCAGAGAAGCGAGCAGCGAGGCACCUGCCUCGGAACCGACCAGACAAGACUCCACGGAACGUCCCACGCGACAAAACAGCAGAACACGAUCAGAGUCCGACGACGUGAUGGUGUUACCCUCGAGAGGUGUCACCUGGGCCGAGCCACGAGUAGCUGUGAUCCCAUCCGUGUCGUCGACGAGCAGCACCCAACGUUCGAUUCUGCUGGCGAUGCGCGCCGAGUACACCAGCAUAACCGACGAGUUGGAGAGUUACUGUGGCCUUCUCAGCCCGCCUCGUACGCCACCGAUCUCGCCGCCCCCUUCGAGGGCCAGGCACCACACAGGCAUGUCCAACGCGGAGAUGGCCUGGCAGAUCGAGAACGAGCAUCUGCGCGACGCCGAGGAAUGCGAUUACCAGCAGAUGGAGGAUCUGAUACAGAGAAGAUACAUAGGCGACGACGACGAGCCUGUGCACACGUCGGACGAGGCGAGCGGCGGCGGGCUGUUCUUCGUAUCGAACGAGCACAGGCACCAGCUACGCAGAUCGUCCGCCAUCGACGAGGAAUCUCGUAGGCCGGCGCCUACUAUCAGUGUCACGAGAGAGAUCGAACAAACGCUGUCACGGCCGCCGAUCCGCGACUCGGAAAGUUCCGAUCCGAACGACAAGAACCUGAGUACCGUACCUGCUCCAGCAUCGGAGACCAUGUGCUGAAUAUUAUCGGUGUGUGUGAUCAAUGGUACUACACCAAACGUAAAAUCGACGCACGUACAAAUCGAUCGUGACUCGACAUCGCGGCGGGAAUAUAUUUUCAAUUUAAAUUAUUUUUCUGAUCGUAAUGGCGAGGGCCCCCGGGGGGGGGGGUCUUGGUAACUUUAAAAGUAUAGGUGUAUAUUUUGCCUCGUCGUGUUCAACACAAAUAUUAUAGCGUGUAUCGAAGAUGGCUGUAGCGCGGCUCUUGAGGUUGGUAAACCAUUUUAAAAAUUCUGUUAAUUUUAUUCUCAUCAGAUGCGUUUCGCUAUUACUAGCUGCUGUGCCCUAUAUACUUUUGCAUGAUGAUUCUAACUUUUCCAGCAUCGGUUCUUAACGAAACUGUCAACUGUAGCCUGUAUCCUCAACUUUUAUAUUUAUUUAAUCGCGCGUUCUUUUAUGCCGCUAUAAUAUUUGUCUUGGUAAUAGUAAUAUUAAAGUAUAGACGAGAAGCCGGAGGCAGCGCUUUAAACAAUGAAUAAGCGUGCAAAUAAAAAACGUGUGUUCCGAUCAUUCACGUGUCGUAAUAAAACUAUUAAAAAUUCGAACGAACGAUUAAUCGCAGCAUGUUUGUACAUGAUCAAGAAAGAAUGCAUUUUUUGUUUAAUCGCUUGCUCACGGUGCAAAGUGCUCGCUCUCCAUGUCGGAAUCGAAAAUUGUUUUCCGAUAGAUUUUAGCUACAAUUUUCCCCAGAUUUUUAGCGUAUUCUUUUCGCGAAUAGCCUGAUUACUUAUCUUCGAGUACUUAGCGUAUUGUAUAUAUAUAUAUGUAUAUGCACAUAAAUUUGUACAUACAAAACGUGAACCAUUAUUAUACUCGAGAAGGUUUCGAUCGAGCUCGGGUAUUCAGAAUUUGUAGUAUAUUGCAAUUUGUACGUAGCUUACUUUUCGUUGGAAUGCUGUAUUUGCAUGUAUCGACAAUCUAAUCGUUUUAUCAAUUUUACAGAAUGUUCGCCAACCUUCUAUAGAGAAUUUUUAAUUUGCGUUUUACGCGCGUCGUUGUACAAUUUUACAACUUAUUUAUUAACCCAGCGUACGGUUAUAAAUGUAUACAGUUUUUACGAUCCCCGACGUUCGAAUACUCGAAGAAAUCGGGCGAAAAUUAACGUCACGCAAUACGUAUGUUUACAUUACUGUUAAUUUAUUUUUUAAUCAACGGCUUUAUAAAGCUUCCAAUAGAAUACUAAUUUUAUAAAUUGCCACUAGAAUAUUAAUACUAACUUCUGCGUAUAUAAUUACAGCUUCAAUUUCCAUGUAUAGGAUCUAAUUAGUAGCCAGUACGUAGAAAGUAUCUGUUGUAGGCGUAGAACUUAAGCAGCUUGGUCGAAAAUUAAUCGGAACAUAUUUUUGACUCCUUUGCUCGAUUCAGUCUGUUCGAUUGCUCGUUAAGAAUAAUAUCUUUAACUUUGUAUAUUAUAACAGGGGGUAAUGAACAUUGUACGCACGUUCGAUCAUGUCCACGUGCAGUUGAUUGCUGUCAACGAUAUCAAGGAAUCGUAAUAUAUUAUAGAUUAUUUUUACGCGCGUAAUAAGUUUAAUGUAACGAAGGUCUUGGUUGUAAAAACGUUGGUUGCAUGUUUCUUUCGAACGUACCGAUCGGUCAACAAAACUGAUUUGUGCCUACUUGGAAAUUCCAAUUAACGUCGCUGGUAUUUUUAAGGUUUUAAGAACGAAUACGUUCCGGGGGGGGGCUUGCGUUACCGUCACUUCUGUGAAUCGUAUUACAAUGCACCGUAUACAAGCAUUUCUCAAGUUCCUUCCAUUUUCUAGACCGUGUAUUUUUCAAUUUUAUAUGCACGUACAAUUUGUUUGUUAUCGCGUGACAUCGCGACGACAACGCGACAGAACCGUACUGGCUUUAGGGUGCAAUUUCAUUUUAGUAAAUUUUAGAAAACUGAAGAUAGUUUCGGUGCGAAUAAUUUUUUCCUGCUGAUUACUUGUAACGCGACACGGGAUAUACGCAGCUUUGUUAUCAAUAGACCGCGGAUCUUUAUGCAAAUUCACAUCUUUAUUAAUAGAAUUAAUGUAACGGACCCCUAAAUAUAAUAAUUCGUAUCUUACUUUAAGUAUUUCUUAUAUUUUUGCAUAUUAAAUGCAUUCUGUAGUUUCUUGAGGAUUAAAAUUUCCCAUAAAUGCAUAAACAUCCGCAGUCUAGUUAUCAUUUAGACACGUGCGAAUAGCGUUUGCAUCGAAUCGAACGAUUUACAAAACGAUUCAAUCCAAGUCGAACCACCAGCCGUACUGGUUCAUUCAUUUUUCAUUAUCGUUACAUGGAAGAAUACCGUCCUGCUAUAGGUUUUUUACCGUCGUUCCAAUACAAAUGCAAGCGCUGGAAAACAAACGGAAGAAAAACUCGCCGAAAUCUUUUUAGGUGCGAUGGCGUGCAACGCGAAACUUCAUUUUACACGUACGUUUGUCAACGAACAGCUUCUGUAUUUCUAUUAUGAUUUACGUGUUUGUACUUGGACAGGCAACAGCUGCGCGUGCAACUUUUUAGAUAGAUCGCACGCGGUUCCGUUCGUACGAACGCAAUAGAAAGGACACAAAUUGUAACAAACAAAUUUGGUUCGAUUACCACGGCCAUUUUAAAGCGUGACUCGCGUAAACGAUCGGAAGUGGUAAAAUUUUGCUGUAAACCCUUCUAUUCUCAGAUAAAUGUAGCGUGUAGAAUUAACAAUCGCGAACGAUUCGCACGCGUCUAUCACGUCGUUACUGCCGAACGUUUUUAUGAAUCUUUUGACGUACAGAAUGUGAACGAAGUGUUUGUCACGCGAAUUUUUAUAUCAAACAACUCAUUGCAACUAAGUGGGGAACUCGACGAUGUUCGAAUUGGUAAAAACUUUAUCAAUCUUUUGCAAGAAAACAAUCCGUUUGUAACGCUUUGGUUCUCAACGAACAUUGCACCCUCUUGUCGAGCAGAACACGUAAAAGUAUAGAAAUAUUUCGACCUUGAACUUAAAAUUCCAAGGUCUAGCAUAAGUUUACAUUCCCGAGAACUGCUGACAAACACUUUUUCUUCUACACCCUGUACAUUUAGGGCCUUAUCGCGCACUACUUGCUGCGUCAAACACAGAAUUUAAGGACCACGUAAAAGCGAACCAUAUCACGCGGACACGUUCUCAAGAACGAUGCCAAUCCGUGUUAGUACCUACGAUACGCAACCGAAGACAGAAACAUUUGAUAUUUGAACCUAAAAGAUGAAAAAAGAAAAAAAAAAAAAAAUGACAAACGAACGGAUGCCUAAUUGUAUAAAAAAAAAAAAAGAAAAAUGUGUAUAGUAGGCUAAAAUUUUAAGGCGAGAAAGAAGUUGUAGAACGAAGACGGGCGAACUUAAGACUGUUCCAAAGAAAACAACGCUCCGGUUACUUAUUUUAUGGUCGAAGUGAACGAAAGAAUCGACCGGAAACACCACCCCCCUCUUUUACUGCCUUAAUCUAGUGGCCCGGAUGUUCAAUGUUCAACGGCAUUCGAUAAAAGUAGCGACGGGUUGAGUAAUGAUUUCAGUUUGUCGGCCAUGAUAUUGUAAGACGGUUUCGAUACUUCGCUACUCUCGUGGGUUACAUCGAUUGCGUGGAUUCUUUCGUUCACGCCGACAUAUUGUACAAUGUAAAUCGAUUACGCCAUUUGUUUUCAAGGAAUAUCGUCGAUCGAUCUGUUGCUGAAUUUUGAAGAUGAAUUUUACGUAUUCUCUCUCCCGAGUCUCGAAGAAAUUCAGCAACACGUUGAAUAUAGUUGAAUUUAUUUGAAUAUAACGGAUUUGUACAUACUUUUGCUUAUACCAUGGUUCCUGUUAUCAUUAAUUUCGUUGCGUCCUGAAAUCUAUUGAAAUCAAAUUGGCUUACAAGUCGCAUCUGUGGAAUUACCGAUUUUAUUCAAACUUUUAUACAGUGUGUUAGGCCACGCCUGGGAAAAAUUUUAAUGGGAGAUUCUGGGAGCCAAAAUAAGACGAAAAUCAAGAAUAGCAAUUUAUUGAUCGGGGCUUCGUUAAAAAGUUAUUAACGUUUUAAGUUCCGCUUGUAGAGCGGCGAUCUGCGAACAGCUGCGCACGCGCGAUAGUAGUUCUCGGUCAGAAAACUGUAAGGCUGUCGAUACAUCAGUAAGUAGAGACAUUAAUAACUUUUAAACGAAGCUUCAAUCAUCAAAUUGGUAUUCCUGAUUUUCGUCUUAUUUUGGCUCCCUACAAUCUCCCAUUAAAAUUUUUCCCAGGGGUGGUCGAACACCCCGUACAAAGCUCAUUAUUUACUUAUCAAAAGGUGUCUUUUGUCGCCUUUGGUAAAAAGAAUAGCAUUAAAUAUCUUUCCAAAUAAUCUCCAAAAAAAGUUUGAAUAUAAUCAGCGACCUCUUCUUACAAACCGAUUUUUGCGUGCGUGUGUUAUAACCGUUAAUCAUUAGUAUUAUUAUUACCAUUAAGCGUAUCAAAUUCGUCAUUGUCGUUUGCGCAGAUAGCGUUAAAAAGAAGUUUUUUGACUUUCGACGUCGCCCAACGAAUCAAAACGACAUCCAUGAAAGUGAAAUAAAAAUUAAAAAAAUUAAAAAAUAUAUAUAUAUAUAUAAAAAAGAAAAAGGUGCUAUCGCGUAAAUCGAGCCUUACGUAAGACGAUCCAGAUCGAUAAUUAGAACAACGAACGCUUGCGAUUUGUCGUCGACGAACUCGCGAAAUCCAU